AUUUUUUUGUUGUUUUAAAUCACGUUUUAAAUGUUGUUUAAAUGCUGAAUUUUGUUUUUUGUUCUACUUGGUUCUACUAAGCCAAAAUUUCUAAGCUGUAUCCAAAAUGACUGCCAGUGAACUAAAAAAGUGUUGCAUUUAUUUAGAAAGUGAUAAACUAACCGAAAGAAAUACGUAUUGCACAAAACUAAAUUCUGCCUUGGAAAUUCAAGAAUCUAUUAAUAUAUUAAACAGCGGAAAAGCCUCUUGGGAAAGACUGAUAAAAUCUUUGCAGAAAUGCAUUAAGAAGGAUGCAGCGAAAACAUUUGUUGAUGAUUCUAAGAAAAUGAGUGGUUCAAGCAAUAUCCCUGCAAAUUAUUUAAGUAUUGAAUUGUUUGUGAAAGUUGUUACAAAGGCCAUUAAAGAAGAUGGAGAAAUAAAUAUCAAUGAGUUGGUUAGUUAUAUACUAGGAUGCAUGUAUGACAUUCAGAUGAAAAGAUGCUAUGAAAAACAGUUAUUGGAUAUUUUACAGAAAAUAUUGUCAAAUUCCAAAUGUAGAGGAGCUCUAGAAGAAGAGGAUUGGGAUGAAAUAUACUGUAUGUUGAAGCGUUUUCUAGAAGAAUGCAAUGAGAAUUUAGUUGUCUCUCACUGUUUUAUGAUUCUAAUUAAAUACGGCCCAACAUAUGGGCUCCCUCCUAGAUUACUGAGAAAGGAAUUUGCCUUUUUGACAAAGAUUUGUCAAAAGGUAACAAUAAACUCGCCAAAGCCUAUUCAAGAAGACAUCAUAGAAACUGCCCUCGACUUUUGCAAACACACUGCCAAAGAUAAUCGUGUCUCAUGUUGCAAAUUUGGAGAAGAAGUAUUCAGAUCUUUAGCAGAUAUGUAUGAAAUGAAUGGAAAACCUGAAAAAACAAAGGAACUGUUAGUACAAUUUUUCCUCUUCCAAAUGAUAAUCCACCAUCCGAACGGUGUUCCAGAAGGCCAUAGCGCAGCUUAUGCCCAUGGUUGGAACAACUGGAACAAAAUUGUAAAGACUAUUUACAGUAUAAUCUCAAAAGAAAUAGGUUGGUUUUUAUUCAAAAGUAGAAGUGAGUUUUAUCAAGAAACCAGUUCAUUUUUCAAACAAGAAAACGAGAGGAUGAUUUUAAGCUCAGUUUUUUCCAGACUUCACGCCGAAACAGUCAAACAGUUAUUCAUGUGUCCAGAUUUAGAUGUCACUAUAUCAAUGGACUGUUCAUAUUAUAAUCGAUCACAAAAAAAGCAAAAAGUAAAUUUAAGUAUGAGAGGAUUGAUAGAUAAUAUUCAAGACACCAAAAAUUGGUUAUGGAUACAUCUUGUAAGGCGCUUGAUCCAGAUUCAUCCCAGUGUUAUACAAAUAGACGAUUACGUUUGUCUCCUAGAAAUAUUAUCUUCGAUUCAAAUUGAAAAGAAUGAGCAUGUCUAUUAUUGUUUAUCGACAAUGCUGCACAUGGAAAAUAGUUUAGAAAUAGGAAAAUUCCAUCAAGAGAAAUUAAGAAAGUUGUGGAAAGUUAUCGGAGAAAAUACUACUAGGGCAUUUGGCUUAAACCAACACAAAGAUGCCACCGAAGCCCUCUUAGAAGAAUUAAUCGGCAGAGAAAUAGUAGACUUCGAUGACAUUCUUCCAACUUACCAGUCUGACGUCAUUAACUUAACGCUACAGAGCAUCAGAACUUACAAUGCUGGUUUACGUCACAUGAUCCUAAACAACGAUGUGCAGAAGAACGAGUGUAUAAUGAAGAGCGUACUGAAACCCCUAACUCACACAGGAUGUCACUAUCUUCGCAAUAAAGAUACCGCCGCAUUCCUAGUAAGACUGAUUUUAAAGCAGUGGCAAUCCAAAGACCAACAACCAAAAAGUGAAGCAGUUGACAUAGACGAGUAUGACAAAUUAACAGAAAUUUAUUUUAAAUCUUUGUUGGACGAGGAAACGUUGACAUUAACAAGUAGUAUCCACACUACGGUCAUUAAAGCUUCACCAGAUAUACAACGAGAAUGUGUUACGCUGCUAGCUACAAUGAGUUCAAAUUUUGUAAAAGAUAAUGAAAGUGUAGAAGUUUUGCUAAGUAAAAUCGCGCUCUUAGUGAAUAUUGCUAGCUGCGUUACGGAAUAUCAGAUAAUGUCCGAGGAAGAUAGUAAAAGUUGCUGGUUUGGAAUGAUAGAAGAACUUUUCGAAGCUGAUAGUCUUACGGAAUUAAAUUUGACUGAGUAUAAAAUCGAGAGAGAAAUCAAGAGACUUAUAGAUUGUGUUAAUAUUCUGAAUGACUUAUUUUCGUUGGACGUCGCCAAGUGGGCAAUGGAUAAUCUGAAGGAAUUGUUUCCGUUUAAGUUGUUAAAAAAGCUUUCUGAUGUUUUAAAUCGCCUACAAAACGAUCAAACUAGAAGUUCCACAUUGCUUCCAAAGUUGAAGACAUGUAUUCUUCAAGCUUUGUCAAGUUUUGGAUGCUUUUGUGGAAACAUUCUAAACAAAAAGCAAAAGGACGUGUUGGAAGUAUUAGUAGCGUUUAAUUACAGCUACAAUAACGACGAUGAUUACAAUUUGUGUGUGUCGUUUCUCAAAUCCGUAACAGUAUCUCAACCAGGGGUUUUGACUGACGAUAUUCUCGAAAACGUCUUACGAUGCAUUCAACAGUUGUGCAUGGCGAGAUAUCAGGAUAAGGCAGAAGAUAUACUACAUAUAUUACAAGGUAUGUUUCCCCAUAUAGCUGAAUGCGGAAAUAUGGAAUUCAAAAAUGUAUCUAUGUUGCUGCUUAAACCUUUUUAUGACAACAUCAAAAGAAAUGGGCCUAGUGUGCAGUUGGCUCUACUCAAUUGUCUACAGAAAUUAUGUGAGCUGGAUCCGUGCAACAGUUUCACAAAGUGGGAUGGUACGGAAAUAAUCCGAUUCGUACCUGAUUUUUUGAUAAGUGAUUACCAGGAAGUGCGAUUUAAGUCAAUCGAUGUCUUGAUCACUUACUUCAACAAAAUCUCCGAUGCUAGCAAUAGUGAAGACAUCCACAGACAAGAAGAAAUAUUUAUGAAAGUCUACGAAAUGAGUGUAUCUGUCUUCAACAUCGACGAAAUAACGACAAAUGAAAGAAGAGUAGACGAAGUCAUCUCUAGAACAGCUAGCGUAUUACUUACUUUCGGAGAAAUAGCAACAAACUGUGAUAAUUGGAUAAAACAAAGUAUAUAUUCGCUGAUGAAAGUAGCAUAUUAUACUAAAGAUAUGGAUUCGUUGGACAAAAUAAUUAAAAUUAUUAACAAACGGAAGUUUCAACAGUCCGAAGGUAACAUCUUAGAAACGUAUGUUUCAGACUUAGUUCAAAAAUGGUGCGCCGAUGGAUAUUCUUUCGAAAAUUUCCAGUAUACACUAUUUAACUGUUCCACGAAAUACCAUUUUUUCAUAAAAUACUUCGCCGAAUGUGCUCCAAUUUUGAUGACGACUGACGCUGCUAAUGAUAUUAUAAUAGUUGCUAAAGAACUUGUAGCAAAGGAUAAGAAACUUGUCAAGAAAACUGGAGUAAACAUAUUUACAAGUAUCAUAUGUUCCGAUCUAGACGAUAUGACAGCUGACAUAGUGGCCAAAAACAAGAGAUUGCUCAAGUAUUCGAGGGUAAUCGGACAUGAUCGUCUAAAGGGUGCUUUAAAAACCAAUUUAGGUCAAAUUGUAGUUGGAAUAUUGGAUUUUUUAACUGACGAAAAUGCUAUAGAGUCUCAUUUUGGGGAAACUGUCAUAUUUUUCGUGAAGCAUCUAAGUUCGGUUGAUGUUAGGAAAUGUUUUAAAUUUGUGGAGACAUUAUUUUGUAACAAUGAACCCUUAGCAAACUUUUUAACAAGCUCUAGUCUUUCGAAGUUCGAAAACGUUCUACUUGAACUCAAAUGUAAUAUCUACAAGAGCCAAUUCUUCAUGGACAAGCUGAAGUGUCUCUACGCAUACAGGUUUUUCGUAAACAUGAUCAUAAGUGAGCUAAAACCCGACAGCUCAUGGAGAUUCUUUUUUAUAAGGGACGUGAUAAAUACAUUGUUUAAUGUUAUCGAUAAUAAUAAAGACAGUACAAGGAUUGAAACGGCAACGUUCAGAUUUGUAAAUAGCUUUCUGAGACAGGUUUUUAAAUUUUUGACCACCAAAGAUAUCUUUCCCGAAAUUGUGAGCUUACUGAAAAAGUUUUACUUUACCAGAACUAGUAUAAAGAAAGGAUGUAAAGAACUAUUGGUGUUUUUGGUAGUAGACAAUGCCACACAUUUCGAAGAGCACAUUAAAAUUUUGGAUAGCUUUCCUGAUCAUGAGGACUUCCGUGAAAUACGAAAAGUACAGAAAAAAAUCAAGUAUGGCGACCAAGAUCCAGGCGUGGAGGAAAAAAUCGAACAGUUUUUGAAACACAAAGACAUUUUAACCAAAGGAGAUAGUUUGCAUAAUUUGAGAGAAAUUUUAUGCGACCAAAAAAUUAAGUUAACUGGAUUAUACGAGAAAUUGCAAGAUAUUAGAGGGUUUUCUGAAGAUUGUGAGCAGAGUUUGGUGCAUAGAUUGGUCUGCAUGCUGUGCCAACUGAGUUAUUCAGCGGAUCAAAAUGUUAGUUUUGAAGCUGCAAGAUGUCUAGGUGAAAUAGGUCCGAUAAAUUUACAAACUUUAGUUUUGCAAGCGGAAAAUAACCUAGUUCAUGUUCGACACUCUCCGUUUGAGAUUAUAUGCGGCACCACCAUUAGCUUGUUAAUGAAAUACCUUAUUGAAUGUGAUAUAGAGGUGAUACGGAAAGCUAGUAAGAUGUUAUAUGUGGCCUUGAAAACCAAAGAGGGAAAGAAAAUUGUAGGUGAAGGUGCUGACUUCGGUUACGGUCCUAUAAACAAGAAUGACAUAAUUCCAUUUUAUCCGACAUCUUCCUCCUCAUCUCAGAGAGUUAAAGUUGAUGUAAAUAGAUUUAUAGAAAAACUUGACUCCGACGAACUUUGGUGUCCACGGCGGAAUGUUAGCCAUCAAUCUUGGAUAAAUUUAUUAGUUUCUAGUAUGUUAGAGACCUUCGUUGAUAAUGACUUUUUAAACGGACUUACAGAAAUUUGCAACGUUAAGGUAGAAUUUUCUGAACAUCUAUUACCACUUUUAGUGAAUUUAUUAGUAUUAUAUGGCCAUAGAUCAGUAACCAACAUAUUGUUCAAAAACAUCGAAUACUUUUUCUCUGAGCAUUGGAGAUUGACAGUGCAAGAAAACAGAAAAGAAGAAUUAAUCGCAGUCAACAAAAAAUCUGUUAAAUGUAUGCUGAACGUGGUAAAUUAUGUACGCCUAAUGAAAAAUUGCAGUGUUUACAAGUCUAGACCAGUCAUAAAUGAUGAACUAAAAGUCAACAAUCUUAAAGUAGCGAAGGCUGCAGAAUUCUGCGGCAAUCAUUUCUGUGCCCUGUACUACUCAGAAUUAUGGUGUCAACAAAUCGUCGAAAGUCUUCAAAGUGACGACCCUGUAUAUUGUGAGCAACGUUCAACUAUGAUCGAUUUCAUAUACGAACAUGAGAAACCGGAAGUAGGAGAGACUUUACACAAUAUUUUAAGAAAUGCUUACAAAUCCAUUGGAGACUUCGAUGCUUUACCUCUUGGUUCGUCCUCGAAAGAGGUGAUGGAUAGUUUCAAGAACGACAGCCUGUACCAGAUCCCCGUAAAUUCUUCUAAAUUAGACGAACCCGAAUAUGAGUGUCUGUGGAGGUUGGGGCAUUGGAACUUCGAGGAGAAAAAACGAAAUGUGAACGAGACUACGAUAGUUCAUAAAGAUUUUGAGAAAUACAGGUUUUAUUCUCUAAAGGCCUUACACGAUAAUAACAAAUACGCUUUCGAGGAGUCUUUUAACUGUCAACUUUUUAAUGUAGUGAAUGAUAUAAAGAACAUCAGUUUGGAAAGCAGUCAUAACUUGUAUCCAGCUUUAACCCAACUGCAGUCCUUGAUCGAAAUUGAAGAUUUUUACAAUUUUUUGAGAGUUGGGAAUCGAACUUCAUUGACAAGGAAGUGGAAACUACAAGAUAACUUUAUUAGAAAAAGCGAUUUUCAAUAUGUAGAGCCGAUUUUUACCCAACGGUUGGUUAUGCUGAGGGAUUACCUACAAAAAGAGACAAACGAUGACGUUAUUCGGCAAUAUGUGAUUGAUUUGAGCUUGGACUUCGCAAAUCGGGCCAAGGACGAAGGACACUUCAAAGAAAGUUCCACAAUUUUGGAGAAUUUGAAAGGAAUUUCAGGAUUAAAUAGUGAAACUCUGAGCAAAAUUGAUGUGAUGGACGUUAAAUUAUCGUGGUCAGUUAACAAUACACUUGUCGCUAGAGAGAUACUCAAUACGUUGUGCAAAAGCGACCAAAUAAGUCCCAGAUUAAAAGCGACCGCUUUGAAGUUGACAGGCCAGUAUCUGAGUGAAACUAACGCAGAAAAUAGCUCCACUAUCAUCUCAGAUUAUUUUCUCGCCUCUAUUCAACAGAUGGAAACCGUGAGAAGCGAUGUUGAAGACAGGAAAAGUGUUAUGGAUACGUAUGAUAAACUUGCUGUUUUUGCCGAUCGAGAAUAUGUUCAUAUAAUGACCGCCGCCAUGAAACAAUCCAAAGAGGCAGCUUCGAGUAUUGAGAACCAAAGAAAAGGAACGUGCAAAGAAUUGAAAACCGCUGCAGUUUAUAAUCGAAAUAGUCCUAUAGACGAACAGGAAAUAGAAAGCACCAAAAUAGAAUGUAACCAGUUUUUGAACUUGGCCCUAAAAUAUUAUCUUCUUUGUCUGGAACACAGCGACGACAAAGACAUUCGAAUAUUCAGAAUAAUGUCUCUGUUCUUGGAAAACAGAAAAAAUCUCGAAAUUAGCGACACUAUUAAAGUCCACCUGCCACGCCUACCGAGUUACAAGUAUAUCGUGAUGCUGCCCCAAUUAGUACCACAUUUGUCGACAGACAACGAAAUUGACAGCUUCAAUAAGUACCUCUCUGCAAUUAUAGAGAAAUGUGCUAUGGAACACCCUCACCACACACUACCUUUGUUGCUUUAUUUGGCUAAUUCACACAAAGACCGAGAAUUUGAUGAAGUGCAUACUACUAAGACUUCUAGUAACGAUGCUAGAAUUGCUACAGCAAAAGAACUUAUCAGGAAGUUAAGAAAUAACGGGUUAUCACAAACAAUAGAUAGGCUAAACCAAGUUUCCAGGGCUCUGAUUAAUCUGGCCUAUUUCAAGCAUCCACAAGGAAACAGCGAUAGAAAAAAAGAAUACAACAUACCGAGAACUCAAAAUAUUACCAAAAUCGAAAAUUAUGACGACGUUUUGGUUCCUACUUAUCAACUUCCAGUUAGCAUUAAGAAAGAUUACUCCAAUAUCGUAGGUAUUGUAUCAUUUAAAUCAAAAUACAAAAUCGCCGGAGGAGUAAAAGUACCAAAGAGAAUAUUAUGCAGAGGAACAGACGGAAAAUACCACUCUCAACUAGUCAAAUGCAAAGACGAUCUUAGACAAGACGCCGUAAUGCAACAAGUUUUCAACAUCAUGAACAAUCUUCUGUCCUACAACAAAACCACUAAACAUUUACGGAUAAGGACCUACAAAAUCGUGCCUUUAUCGAUGAGAAGCGGAAUAUUAAAGUGGGCUGAUGAUAGUAUGUCGAUCGGGGAAUAUUUGACAGGAAACGGAAAGAACUCUGUCGGUGCACACCAAAAGUACAGGCCUAUGGACAAGUUACCGAACACGUGCAAGCGCAUAUUUGGGAAAGCUGCAGACAAGAGUCCUCAAGUCAAACUAGAAAUAUAUAAGACACUCUGCAAGAGUCUCAAGCCAGUAUUCCAUCACUUUUUUGAAGAAUUCUUCUCCCAGCCUGUUAUGUGGUAUGAAAGAAGGAGAGCUUUUAUACAUAGCGUAGCUACGACCAGUAUGUGUGGAUAUAUUCUGGGAAUUGGUGAUAGGCACACUAGUAAUAUUUUAAUAGAUAAAACUACGGCCGAAGUGAUCCACAUUGAUUUUGGUAUUGCAUUUGAUCAAGGACGAGUUUUACCAAUACCAGAAACUGUUCCGUUUAGAUUAACAAGAGAUAUGGUUGAUGCAAUGGGAGUCUCUGGAGUAGAAGGAAUAUUUAGAAAAUCAUGUGAAAGAACCAUGGAAGUUUUGCGUCAAAAUGCUGAAACUAUCAACACAAUUUUAGAAGUAUUGCUCUACGAUCCACUGUACGCAUGGACUGUUACUUCUGCAGAAGCGAAUAAACGUCAAACUGAAGGCGACGACGAAGUUGAGACUGAAUCUACAGAGCCUCCAGAAGUGCCCCAUAAUGUUUCCGCUGAGAGGGUCCUACUCCGUCUUCGUGAGAAACUUCAGGGUACAGAGCUUGGUCAUCCGAGAAGUGUAGAACAUCAAGUAGAUGCUUUAAUACAACAAGCGGUGGAUCCUGCGAAUCUAUGUAAACUAUACCAUGGCUGGCAACCUUAUAUAUAGAAAACAUAAAUAACAAGAUCUACACACAACCAAACUUAUAUGGAAUCACCAUGUAUUUCAAAGUAAUAUUUAUUUCUUUUGAAAGAACUUGUUAUUGUUGCGAAGACUAAUGGUUUUUAUUGAAAAUAAACAAAUCGAUAGGACAAUCAGAUAGUACAGCUCGGUACGGUAUAUGGUAUAAAAAGGAAAAUAUGCAUCAUGUGGGGUUAUAGAACUUACAACCGGGGAAAGAUUAUUGGUCUUGUGGAGCAAGUAAUGUUCUUAGAGGGACAUAUCUGCAGAGGCAUAACACAGGGCGUUCUGUCCAAAACCUAUGCUAGGUAACAGGGACUAGGAAAGCUCAAAAAUAAAGCAAGGGAAAGUCGCCAAAAAGUAAUAACAGCUCGCCACGAUCGUUUAAUUGUCCAAUCAGCUGGAAGACACCCAACCAUUUCUCACCUGCAGCUCCAAAGGCAGCUUUUGGAAGCUACGGGUGUAACUGUUUCGGUUGAAACGAUAAGAAGAAGAGUUCGUGCCAAGAAAUAUAUAGCAGGAGACAGUUAUGGGUUCCCAGUUUUCCAGGCAGCACAAGAUUGAUCGCCUAAAUUGGUGUCUUCACCACCAAAACUGGAACAUUGGGAAUUGACAAAAUGUGCUAUUUUCAAAAAAAGUCAGGAUUUGUGUAAAAUCAGAUGACCCACGAAAUGGUGUACUUAGAGGUCAAGGAAGACAAGCAAAAACGAAAACUGUCAGAUCUGUUCACAAAUAUAAAAGGGGAAGUGUAAUGUUUUGGAGAGAAAUUGUAUGUGUUUUGUGUUUUAUUGGCACUGGUUUUCACAACCAACUGGCCAGUCAAUUUCAUAAUGAUUUUUUAGACUGUAACUUAUAGUCCAUUCUAACUUUUUAGAUUCCCCACUAACUCAGGGGAGUAAUAUGUAGUGUGUGUGUUGAGUAAGUGUCUUGUUACUUUGCAAAGUCGACGUCAUUGUAUUUGCAAAGAGACGCUAAUUGUAUUCGAACUCCGUAAAAAAACUCCUUUAGUUUUCAUCCAAUCAACUUAAACUAUAACCUAUACUUACGUUCUGGAGAGGUGCAACAGGAGAAAAUUUUAUUUUCAUGCAUGAUAAUGAACCUCCACAUACCAUUAGAGUGACUAGAGACAUCAUUGAAGCAGAAGGUAUCCCUUGUUUGGAGUGGCCUGCUUGCUCAUCCGAGCUUAACCCUAUAGAGUAUUUUGUAGGAUAUGCUUAAAAGAAAAACUAUAGCUCGCUGGGAUAAUUCACGAAAUACCGCACGGCAAGUAGAAGCUGCUCUUGAAGAAUGGAGCAAUCUACUACAACAAAAUGUUCAUAAUUUGAUUAGGAGCGUGCCCACGGAAACUGAAGCUUGUAUAAGGACUAGAGGUGAUAACACUGACUACAAAAAAAAAAAUAAAACCAAUUUAAACAUUAAUCGUUUUACAUUGAAAUUUUUUAUGCUAUUGACUUUAAAACAACUAGUUGCAAUUUGUUUUUUAAAUACUUUAUUGUUUUAUUUAAUUAUGUAUUUGUUAUUAAAUUGCUUUAAAAUAAAUAUUGUUUGACUUCGUGUGUUCGUUUUUUAAAUUCGCACGAAAUAAUAAGAAAAAUCAGAUGAUUCCAUAUAAGUUUGGGUGUGUGUAUAUAUGUUAUUACUAAUCUUUAAUUUUAAAUCAAGAGGAGUAAACCAAAAAGACAGAUUGACACCCAAGAAAGUCACUAGAUAUAUCACCAAAUAGGUACAUCUUCUUUUUUGGUUGAUCAUAUCGGCCUUUGACGGUAAUCCAUAAAUAUUAUAUUAUACUAAUACGUCGCUAAAGAGUUCUAAAAACAACUGUUUUUUUUUUAUAUAAAAACAGACUAAAAAUCUAAAAAUUAAAGGAAUAACGCAGAAAAUCGCUGAUAUAACUUAAUUAACCUAUGAAAUGCCAAAAGUGUCAAAAUUUUAAAGUGUCAGUGUCAAAAUUUAAUAACAGUGGAGUAAACUUGCCUGAGGUUGGACCAAUUACAAACAAGCUUUACGGCGCGGGAAAUUUGAAUUACUCCUCUUGGUUUAAAAACAGACUAUUGUGAUUAUUUUGUGAUAUUUGUUACUUUGAGUGUAUUGUUGUAUUAUGUAUAUUUAAAGAAUGAUGACAUUACAUUAUACAACGAUUAAUGCACUACAUAAUACCUAUUUUUAUCGUAAAGCAUACCCCCCCAUUAACGAAUUCGCUGCCACCUGACGCCAAAAGGUGUUCUGUGCUACUUGAAUCAGGUGCCACUGACGCCUUUUGGCGUCCAUAACCUGUAGAAUUAAAUAGAUUUCUUUUCGUAGUGACACCAUACUAAAGUGAUUGAAUAUAUGUAUAGGGUGAGGCAGAUAAAGGGCCUAUUAGAAAUAUCUCGAGAACUAAAUGCAACUGAAUUAUGAAAAUUGGAAUAAGGGGGUUUUGAAGACUGAUCUAUUUAAUGAAAAUAUUUUCAUCGACUUGGUACUUCCGGUUAUACCGGAAGUUGUUUAUAACUUCGUUUUUUUAAAUGGGACACCCUGUAUAUUUUCACAUUUUUGGAUUCUCCUCGAUUUCUUUUUUCUUAAAAUAUAAGGUUUUGUAACAUUAUACAGGGUAGGUUAAAAGA